UGGUAGCUCUCCAGGAGCAGGGUUGGAGAUCCCUGCAUUAGACAAAGUAACAAAAUAACAACAAUUAACAAUGUAAAAAUCAAAUAGCUAUGACUGGAAUAGGCCUAAAAUCGAAUAGACUUUAAUGAAGUAUCCUUUAACGUGCUGAAAAUAUCACGCUCGCCAAAAAGGCUCAAAAGUAACAAUACUGGAUAUUAUUAUUAGAAGACAAAAUUCCUUUGUUCCCUGUACAGUGAGUCACUGGCCCUUUAAGAAGAGACAUUUCAAUCUGGGCGUGUUUUCCUGUUCCCGAAGAGAAUCCAGCCCUGCUCGCAUCCUACGACACGAAAUUGGAGGAAAGAUUAUCUUGCACAUUACUCAAAUAAUUGCUGUAUAGCGGCAUAAUCGGCAUAGAUCACAAAAGGCUUUACUCAGAUUUAUUUUGUAUCCAUUUAAGAGAAAAGGGACGGAGAAUCCUCUCGGGAUAGACGCUUUUAACCAUCCUAACCAAUGACACAAAUGUCACUCGGUCAAGGUCCACUCACACUCCAGAUGUGCGUUUAGCGUUUAUAUACGUUUAUUUCCGGCCAGCCUCGUUUUCUCAUUCGAAAUCUGUACACAUUUUUGAAGGGAAUCACUUUUGAAUUGUGGCAGUAUGGGGAAUCUUCGCUUUUGGAUGAGGACUUGGCUUUUUGGUAUUUGAUUGGGACUUUAACCAUGGAUUUAAGUACAGAAGUGCAGCUAUAUAGAGCUAAAGACUGAUGGUUUUAAGAAACACUGAAGAUCCGUGAGGAACCACGGGAAGAAUCCUACAAACAAAUUGUGCACGUGAAGGAAGAAUUACAUUUUUGGCAAAUACGCUCCUGUAUUAGUUCAACACAUCAAUCGGUCUUUAGUCUCAGGUUAAUCAUUUAGUGGACACGGUUGUGGUUUAUUUCAGGUUAAGUUGACAAAAGACAAUCUGCUUGUACCUUCGCUACCAUGUCGGCGGUGAUGAUAACGCGGAAGGUUACUCGAAAAUGGGAGAAAUUACCUGGGAAGAACACCUUCUGCUGCGAUGGACGGGUUAUGAUGGCUCGGCAGAAAGGAGUAUUUUACCUGACCCUGUUUCUUAUCGUUGGAACCUGCUCUCUGUUCUUCGCCUUUGAGUGCCCGUACCUGGCAGUGCACCUGUCUCCUGCCAUCCCUGUGUUUGCAGUGUUGCUCUUCGUCUUUGUCGUGGCCAUGCUGCUCCGAACCAGCUUCAGUGACCCAGGGGUGCUGCCACGGGCCCUGCCGGAGGAGGCCAACUUCAUUGAGAUGGAGAUCGAAGCGGCCAAUGGAAAUGUCAUGGCUGGACAGCGGCCUCCGCCCCGCAUCAAGAACGUGCAAAUUAACAACCAGAUUGUCAAGCUGAAGUACUGCUACACCUGCAAGAUCUUCAGACCCCCACGUGCUUCCCAUUGCAGCAUCUGCGACAACUGCGUGGACCGGUUUGACCAUCACUGUCCCUGGGUCGGAAACUGCGUAGGAAAAAGGAAUUACAGAUACUUCUACUUGUUCACACUCUCGCUGUCUCUACUUACCAUCUACAUCUUCGCCUUCAACAUCGUCCAUGUGGUUCUUCGUUCUGUGGACUCAGGAUUUAUGAAUACCCUUAAAGAAACUCCCGGAACUGUGUUGGAGGUUCUGGUGUGUUUUUUCACCCUCUGGUCUGUGGUGGGAUUGACUGGUUUCCACACCUACUUGAUCUCCCUCAACCAGACCACCAAUGAGGAUAUCAAAGGCUCGUGGUCUGGAAAGAACCGAGUGCAGAACCCAUACAGCCAUAAGAACUUCAUCAAGAACUGCUGUGAGGUUCUGUGCGGCCCUACUUACCCCAGUGUGUUGGACAGAAGAGGGGUGAUGCUGGAAGACUCGACUAGACCCACCCCCUCUGAUGCGUCUGCUGCUUCCACCUAUAAGAGCACCAACCCUGUUUCACAAACCACAAAAUCCUCAGCUCCCCUGAUUCCCAAUGAACAUACCCCUGAGGAAGCCAAGCCCAGCAUUGGUGCAGGCACCCAGAAGAGCACCAGCUCCCCUAAAGAAGAGAAACCCCCCUCGCCAACAUCCCCUAAUGCUGUCGCCCCUGCAGUCAUCAAAGAGUCAGCCCACUAGCUUUGAAAGCCUUCUUCUCCAGACUUCUCUCAAUCCUCUGAAUGUGCUCACUUACAAGAACACACACAGAAAAACUCGUGACUCAUUCAGAGCAGUGGUCUGUGCUCUCUGAUACUCUUUCGCAGAACGGGACCCCUUCUGCCUGGAUCCUGUGCUAGCACUCGAGACAAGAUCUGGAAGUCUUGAGACUCUCCUCUCUGAAUCACAGCAUGAUGAAACUCACAAUGAGGGAAAUAGGGAGCCACAGACUAAAUGGAAUGAGAAUGGGCUACCCUGAAGCAUAAUGAGGACAUUAUUUCCCUCGUAAAAUGUUUGGUUGUUUUUUUCAGUGUCAUUAACCGUUUCUGUAUAGCCUGCCUCCAUUAUUCCUAACCGUUUGUGUGCCCUGUAAAACCCAUUACUAGCUUCUAUAGUAGUUGUGCAAAAUGCCCUUUGGAUUAGACUUCCUUUUGUUUUCAAAGUGUUAUAAGGAAAAGUGCUUUAGCCAUAAACUUACAUUUAGGCCCAACACAACUGCUUUAUUCUGAUGACGAGGCCAUUUGGAUCAGCUUAUUAAGUCAGUCAGUUAUAAAUGUGAUUCAACUCCAUGUCAAAACAGAAAGUUAAGCUCCGACUUGAUUUUACAAUCAGCAUGGAUGGUAGAAAGCAGAGGCUGUAAGAUGUGUUUGUGUCCGUCAGUACAGGCCGAUCUGCAUCAGUAAGUGUGUGAGAGUGCCUUAUCUAUGCUCUACCAUUACAUCUACAGAGGACUCCAUAAUGGCAUAAAUCUACUCAUACCUGUAAGUUAAACAACUUCAUUUUUAUACAAUGCUAACGACAUUGUACAUAAUGUAAAAAUGACUGAGAAGCUGCAAAUUCCUUAUAAGAAGUGGAAAACAUGCCUGAUUUAUUACUAUUAUUUUGAUCUUGUCUUAUUUAACAAGAUUUUUCCACAUCCACUUGACAUAUGAGCAACCUUCCCUUUUUUCCUUUUCACUAAGAGUCAGAUAUUACUACUCAAGGCCAAAGUAAAUGAAAGAUAAAAUUGAAUUUACAUCUGAUAAUGAACUUUCCUGAGUCUAGGCAUGGAAAAGUCCAGCUGACCAAUUCUCCUUCAGUGUCAUUUAAGCAUGCUUUUGGAUUCAAUUAAGAAAUUGUGCUUGUUUUUCUUUUUCCACUUCCUUUUCACCGUGUUUAAGGUAGCAAAGCUUGCCCCAGUGUAUAAGCGAAUACGUAUUGUAGUCACCUUUACUAAUUUCACUGUAGUAUGUUGAAGGCAACUUGUAAGGGAACAAUUUUUUUUUUUAUGGACAGACCUACAGACAUCAGAGACCUAUGGACUCAUAUAUUUUUACAUGAAUUCUCAUAGCCAGCUACACAUUUGUUUCAGAGGAGUAAACGGGGCAGUAUUGUUAUGUGGAAAGUUUAAAAGUGAACUAAGAACUUUGUCUCUGUUUGAUUCAUUCGGAACAGCCAGCUUAUAAUGUUGCCAGUUCAGUGCCAUCUCAAAGCAGUAUAUAAGCUGGAAUGUUUAUAAGAUUGAUUCAUUUGAUUGUUAUUUCCUUUACUGAUGUUGAAGAAUGUGUUGAGGGUAAAAGAUCUUUAUUGCAGGAAAUGUAGUUGUUCAGAAACCAACAGAAUGUGCUUCUAUUAGAUCAUGUUUAAUUUAUAGCAGAUGGGUUUUUUGUGAGUAUUAUGGUGUGAACGUGUGUGUAUGGAAGAUGUGAAUAUUCAUUUGCUAAGCCGAAGGUAAAUGGGAAAGUGCUUAAAACUGCGCUGAAUGAAUCCCACUUUUUUUAAUCAUGAAAUGUGUCGUAAUAAACUAAUUUACUAAAUGAGGUGCAACAAAAUCAGAAACUUUCAUGCCAAGUCAGUGUAAUGUAUACGUUUGGAAUAUUAGCAAAUGAUGGUCUGCUCUAGAUAUUUGGAUACGAUGCAUAACGUACACAUUAUACGUCAUCACAAAUUGAGUUAUGUUCACUUUGCUUGGUAAUAUCACUGUGAUCAUGUAUAUCCUCAUACUCUUCACUUUCUACUUAUGAAUUUGUGUGUGUAUGUAUGUUCAUUAAAUUAUAUGGUAUUAUUACAAUCUCUCUGUGGUGUAAUUUCAAAACUGUUUCUUUUUCUUAAA